UCUCACCUCUAUCUCCCUCUCUCUUAUAUCUCACUUUGAGAUAAAAGCCUUUACUUAAAAAAAGGUGAAAGUAGUUGAAUGUUGAAGAUCAGGCGAAGAAUAAGAAGAAAUUAAAAUGUGUGGAGGUGCUAUCAUUUCCGACCUCAUCGCCGCCAAACGCGGCCGCAAUCUCAGCACCCAAGACCUCUGGUCUGAGCUCGACGCCGACCUUCUCUCCUCUCAUUCUCUCUCCAGUUCUCCUAAGUCAAACUUCACUUCUCUUUUCUCCCACCAAACUACGCUCACCCCACAACUCGGAUGGGCGGUUGAUGGUGUGAAAAGUAAGGAAAAUGAGCAUGUAGUGGAGGAAGUUCCUAAGCCGAGUCAGACUCGGAAAACUCGGAAGAACGUGUACCGAGGAAUAAGGCGUCGCCCAUGGGGGAAAUGGGCGGCUGAGAUCCGAGACCCACGGAAGGGUGUCCGAGUCUGGCUCGGUACCUUCAACUCGCCCGAAGAAGCGGCCCGUGCUUACGACGCGGCCGCAAAGAAGAUACGCGGGGACAAAGCCAAGCUCAACUUCCCUGACUCUCCGCCUCAACCACCACCGGAAUCACCACUUGAUGAGCUUUCUCCUCGUUCAGCAAAGCGCCCAUGCAUGUCAUAUUCCACUGAGUCAACUCAGCUGGCUAUGCCUACCAUGAGCAUGAGAAGCUGGGGUAGUGAUGAUAAUGUUAAUAAUCCAGAGGAGGAUUUUGUUAUUGAGAUGCAGAAUGAGAUAAAUCAGCAGAUAUCAGAGCUGGAAUCGUUUCUAGGGUUGGACCACGAGCCGAGUGAACUCACUAAGUCUGACUCAGCUAGUCUCGGUUGGGUUAUGGACGAGUUCUCUUUCGUGAACUAUGAUAUGCACAACAAUAAUUAUAUGUUUUGAUUCGAAAUAUAAUUGAUGGUGCUACCUAUCUCUGUUGUUAUCAUGUUGAACUUUUGAUUAGAUCUGGUACUUUUCUACUUUGGAUCAUUUGAGUUUGAUUGUACAUAAUGUUGUGCUAUUACCUUAGCUUGCGAUGUGUGUUAAUCCCUAUAAAAGCCAAAUCAGAAGCAGUUGUGCUAUAUAAAAAUAAAGAAAUCUGCAUGUUUCAGUUCCGUGUGAUUGCAUGCACGAUUUUAUCAUCA